UUUGGCAGCUGCUGAGAUAUAGCACCAUUUCCUGGGAUGAAGAACAUUUCAGGGGCAACCUACUUCCCCACCUAGAGCCCCGUUAGGACGGCAACCUCACCCAAGACGCAGAGCACGACGGAAAUUGUAGUUUCCGAAGGCCCAGCUCAGUCUGCGCAAGCGCUCGGAACUUCCUCCCUCUCCCCGCCCCACCCCUGACUCUCCCGGAUAAGGAAGUGGCCAGUGAUGCCACGCGUUCUGCUGGCAGCUGACGUGGGCUUCUGGGAGUUGUAGUCGCUGGGGGCAAGCACCGACUGUAAGGAGACGUAGCCUUCCCUGGGGUCCGCUACUGCAGUUGGUUCCCCGCCGGAGUCGCCGGGUCAGUCGGCCUCCCUCGCCUUAGGGCACUACCCCUAAGGGAUGGACGCUUCCUGGCGCCAGGUGGCCGGUGGCCGAGGCCGAGCCCGAGGACGGGCCACUGCGGCCCCCUCCUCAGGAAAUGGAUUCCAUCUCCGCGGAGCCGGAGGAGGGCGUGAGAAGGGGUCGCUGGGCGCUGCCGCUCCUGGCGCCAGCCCCGGCGGCGCCGCGCCCGCUGCGGCUGCAGGUAGCUUAGCCCGGCGCAGCCCCGCGGGAGCUGAAGCGCUGCAGACUUCCGUAGCCAGUGAGCUAAUGUCUCAAAAGAAAUUUGAGGAAAUCAAGAAGGCUAAUCAAGCUGUGGCAAAAAAACUUGUUGAAGAACACUUCAGCUCCUCCUCUGAAGAAGAAGGUGAUGAAGAUUUGGAAGGAAAACAGGGAAAAAUAGUUGCUAAUACAUUUAUAACUUACACUACUCAGACAGAUGGAGAUACACGUGAAUUAGAGCGAACAAAGCAGUAUGUAAAUGAAGCUUUUCAAGCAGGGGCUAUGACAUGCUUAAUUUGUAUUGCUUCAGUGAAGAGAAACCAGCCAGUUUGGAGUUGUUCAGGAUGUUUCUGUAUAUUUCACAUGCCCUGUAUCCAGAAGUGGGCUAAAGACAGCCAGUUUCUGGUGUCUUCUUUGACAGAUGAUGAUUUUGAAAAGAGAGAUUAUCCCUGGCCUUGUCCAAAAUGUAGGUUUGAAUACAAACGAUCUGACACACCUACUAGGUACUAUUGCUAUUGUGGAAAAGUAGAAGAUCCACCUUUAGAUCCGUGGCUUGUGCCUCAUUCAUGUGGUCAAGUAUGUGAGAGAGAAUUUAAACCUCCUUGUGGCCAUAAAUGUUUACUCCUCUGUCAUCCCGGGCCCUGCCCUCCUUGUCCAAAGAUGGUCACAACUACUUGUUACUGUAAGAAAGCAAAACCCAUCCCUCGUAGAUGCAGUGCCAAGGAAUGGUCCUGUCAGCUGCCAUGUGGGCGGAAGUUGCUUUGUGGACAACAUAAAUGUGAAAAUCCUUGUCAUGCAGGCAGUUGUCCACCCUGUCCGAGAGUUAGUAGACAAAAGUGUAUCUGUGGCAAAAAAGUAGCUGAAAGAAGCUGUGCAAGUCCACUGUGGCAGUGUGAUCAAGUGUGUGGAAAAACACUGCCAUGUGGUAAUCAUACAUGUGAGCAAGUUUGUCAUGUUGGUGCUUGUGGAGAAUGUCCUCGAUCUGGGAAAAGAUUCUGUCCCUGUCAGAAGUCAAAGUUUUCUUUGCCUUGUACAGAAGAUGUACCAACUUGUGGAGACAGUUGUGACAAAUUACUUGAAUGUGGAAUCCAUAGAUGUUCACAGCGUUGCCACCGAGGUCCUUGUGAAACAUGUAGACAAGAAGUAGAAAAGCAUUGUCGCUGUGGAAAGCAUACAAAACGAAUGCCAUGUCAUAAACCUUAUUUCUGUGAAACUAAGUGUGUUAAGAUGCGUGACUGUCAGAAGCAUCAGUGUAGAAGAAAGUGUUGUCCUGGAAACUGUACACCUUGUGAUCAAAACUGUGGACGGACUUUAGGAUGUAGAAACCAUAAGUGUCCAUCUGUCUGCCACAGAGGUAGUUGCUAUCCUUGCCCAGAAACUGUAGAUGUGAAGUGCAGUUGCGGCAAUACGAAGGUGACAGUGCCCUGUGGCCGCGAACGUACCACACGACCGCCCAAGUGCAAAGAGCAAUGCAGCCGACCACCAACUUGCCAUCAUACAAGCCAAGAAAAGCAUCGCUGUCACUUUGGCCCUUGCCCUCCGUGCCAUCAACCUUGCCAAAAGGUGUUGGAGAAAUGUGGUCACUUAUGUCCUGCUCCAUGUCAUGAUCAAGCAUUAGUAAAGCAAACUGGCAGGCACCAGCCUACAGGCCCUUGGGAACAGCCUUCUGAGCCGGCAUUUAUUCAGACUGCUUUACCUUGCCCUCCAUGUCAAGUUCCUAUUCCUAUGCAGUGUCUUGGGAAGCAUGAGGUGAGUCCACUACCAUGCCAUGCUGUAGGUCCCUAUUCUUGUAAGAGAGUUUGUGGACGCACCUUAGAUUGUCAGAACCAUGUAUGUAUGCGCGAAUGCCACAAGGUAACGGAAACUGAUGCCUGCACUGGUAAAAACAAGGCUGGCCCAGAAUGCCUUCAGUGUGAAGAAGGGUGCUCUAAAGCACGGCCGGUGGGCUGUCCCCACCCAUGUGUUUUGCCGUGUCACCCUGGAGAAUGUCCUCCUUGUGUGCAGAUGCUUCGAAUAAAAUGUCACUGCAAGAUCACAACCCUAUUUGUGGAAUGUAGAAAAAUAACCACAGCUGAUGUAAAUGAAAAGAACCUCCUCAGUUGUUGCAAAAAUCAGUGUCCUAAAGAGCUUCCUUGUGGUCAUAGAUGCAAAGAGAUAUGCCAUCCUGGUGAAUGUCCUUUUAAUUGCAAUCAGAAGGUAAAACUUAGAUGUCCUUGUAAAAGAAUAAAAAAGGAAUUACAGUGCAGCAAAGUACGUGAAAAUCAGAUUUCAAUAGAAUGUGAUGCAACGUGCAAGGAGAUGAAGCGGAAAGCGUCUGAGAUAAAAGAAGCAGAAGCCAAAGCUGCUCUAGAAGAGGAAAAACGAAAACAACAGGCUGAACUGGAGGCUUUUGAGAACAGACUGAAGGGUCGUCGGAAGAAGAACAGGAAAAGAGAUGAAGUGGCAGUUGAGCUAACACUAUGGCAAAAGUACAAAUAUCAUUUCCUUCCAGUGUGUGCAAUUGUGGUUUUAGUGUUUGCGUGGUACAUAGCUCAUGGAGUGAAUUAAAAUUUUUUUAUCUGUUAAUAUACCUCAGAUUGGACUUAGAUAAGUUGUUAAAUUUGGAAUAUUAGCAAGUGUAUAUUUAUUGUACAUGAUACAUAUUCACAUCCAUCUCACAGUUUUCUUCCAGCUGUUGUUAGAAGGAUAGAAUGUUAAGCUUCAUCUUAAUUAAUGUACGAGAAGUGGCAGUAUAACAUUGUUUGAUAUUAAAAGCAUGACUGAACCUGUAAACUGUUUCAUAAGGCACAGUUAGUAGCAAGGUAACAUGUUAGUUGUUCAUUGUGCUUCCUUGUAUUAACAUAGUUGUUUCAUUUACUAUUUCAAACCAAGAAUUUUUUUUUCCAAAAUUAAGAUGAAACUGAGCCAUGUGUGCAGUAAGAGGAAUAUUUCAUAAUGUUUUGGUUACUUAUUAUUAAAAGGUACUUUUCUUCAUCAUGUAACUUCGUACUUUAAAAAAAUGAUUCUCUAAAAGACCUCUUAAAUUGUAACAUGAAGUUGUAUAAUUAGAUUCCAGAAAUUGGUUUAUUAAUUAGGAAUUUUUAUCAGUUAUUGAAAUAAAUUUUUAUGUAGUGUGUUCCUCAGAGGAAAAUAUAAUUGUUUUCAAAAUAUGCCAAGCUAGAUUCCUCACAUGUGACUAUUUCUAGUGUAGGAAGCUUUCAACUGAAGUUGGCAUGUUUUGUAAAACUUGUGUGUGUCUUUUCAAAGUAAUUAUAAAAGAAAAACUAAUAUUUAUGAGCACUAUGUGCUGAGCACAGGGCUUAUGAGUUUUAUGUACUUUAUUCUCAUUUUUUCUAUUAGUAAAUUUUAUCUGGAAAUAAUUAGUUCUUAUGAAAACAAGCUGAUAAAGCAAUAUCAGUAAGCCAAAUCUGUUUGAAUUGUAAGUCAUUUUAAAUGGUUUUGUUAUUUAAUUUUUGUAUGAUUAAUGUUUUCAUUAAAGGUUUUCAUACCAAAUUUGUAAUCUAGCAUAUUUACUAUUAUCUAAAAUAUUCAGGAGCCUGUAGGUUAAGUUUAGGUAUUAGUAUCAACAUAUAAAACUCCCAAAUUUGAUGUAAAACAUAGUAAUUGCUAGAUAGUAGAAAGUGGUAGAAAUAUGUUUUAGACAAAUGCAAAGAAGGAUUUUUACAUUUUGCUAAAUUUAACUCAGGGUUUUUGUUUUGUUUUGUUUUUCAUGGCUUGUUAACCAACUAUUAGCUGGUAUCUAAAAUUAAAGGGCACUCAUUCCUUUCUUUAUGGGCUUUGUGUUUUGCUUUUAGUUUUAGUUUUAGUUUUGUUUUGUUUUUAACUUUCUCUGUAAUAGAAUUGCUGGGUUAGUGUUUCAGAAGCUCUAAAUUAGAGCUGCUACUCUCAGGCCAUUACCUUACUCUGCUCUAAAACGAGUAUUAAAGAAUAUGGACAACUUGGUGUCUGCUUGGAAAGCUGUUUUCAUGUAUGUCAGAAUCUUUGCCUAUUAAAACAAGCCUGAAGCCUCGUUGAUGUCUGUCUGUUGGUCUUCUGAUCUUGCU